UAGAAAACAUGCAGACACCACAGGGACAGACAAGUGGGCAGGCUGGGAAUUAAAAGAAGGCUUCCUGAAUCUGAGGGGCAGUACUGCUACAUACUGAAUCUCAGAUGCUGCUCUUAUUAUUCACCGUUCAGGUAACUAAGUCAAUAAAGUCAAAUUACGUACCAUAAUGUAAAAGUUGUAGUUAUCCUCAGGUUUGUUUGUCAGUAUGCAGCACUCUCCAAAAUCACAGUACAAACAUGGAGGACAGGAAUUAUGUUAAAUGUAUUUGGCAAAUAAGGAAAUGUUGCCUUUUAGAUUUGUUUAUAUGAUCAUCUUUCCCUUUUUUAGGUUCCUGUUCAUCCUCAUGAUCAUUGGCACUGCCUUCCUCUGUGGGAUCAACAACAUUUAUGUGAAUUAUCCUGAUUCUCCGAACCUUGGAAAGUUUAAUGUUACUUUUCGUUUUUUGUUUUGGACCAUGUUUGGUGUAGCAGAUGAAAAGUUUGUGGAUAUGCCGGAUUAUGCAUUAGCUCAGUGUGUGGGCCAAAUACUGUAUGGCAUUUUUACUUUAAUGAUUGUCAUUGUCUUGCUAAAUAUGCUUAUUGCCAUGAUCACCAACUCCUUCCAGAAGAUUGAGGAUGAUGCUGACGUGGAGUGGAAGUUUGCUCGUUCAAAGCUUUACCUUUCCUACUUCAGGGAGGGACUAACGCUGCCUGUCCCCUUCAACAUUAUUCCUACCCCGAAGGCCAUGUUCUACUUAAUAAGGAAAAUAUUCAGAAUACUCUGCUGCUGCUGUAAAUUUGACCGAAAGCCUGAUUACCCGCCUAUCCCUUCUAUUUCAAAUACAGCUUUGCAAAGUAAAGGUGGAGACGAGAGAACUUCAUACCGAAUGCAGGUGAUCAAGGCUCUGGUGCAGCGAUACAUUGAGACGGCCUGCAGGGAAUUUGAAGAAGCAAGGAGAAAAGAUGUGGGCAAUCGAAUCACAGAGCUGAAUAAAGUGGUGGGUCGCUUGCAUGCCGAGAUGAAGAACAUGCGAAAGAACAUGAGGAAUGAGACCAAUUCUGCUCCAGAUACAGAAGGUCCUAGCAUCCUUAAGAAGUAUAUUCUAGGAGCCAAGAGUAAAUUCCGAGGCUUGAAUGAAGAGUCGCUCGGGUUGGGAGAUGGAUCAGUUAAGGUCACUGUGCACUUCAAGAAUAAAACAGAAGAGGAGGAAGAUGAUGAAGCUGUGACCUCUCCGACAGACAGCAAAGCUUCCGAUGACGUGGACACUGGAUUUGGCUCUCAAGUCGGGGAGGACUCCAUCGAUGGGGGAGAAGAAGGGCUCGAGCCAACACCAGAGUGAGACACCAGGCCGAAUUAUUGAAGUUUUACUGUUGUUUCUUGUUAGAUAUACUUUAUGCUUUUGAAAAUUAAAUUCUUGAAAGCCUUUAUAUUUCCUUCAGUAGAAAUAUAAAUAAUCAGUCUUGCUAAUGCAAUGAAUCAUAUUUUACUCUGCAGAAAUUAAAUAUAUACAUUAUAUAUGUAUGCAUUUUUAGAUGUAUUUAAGUCAAUUCUUAUAAAGUAGAAUUAUUUCUUAAUGUGGAUAUGAGAGCAUUAGA